CCCCAACUUUUUGAAAUGAGGAUAUCAAGGAAGUUUUGUUGGCUCUGCUUAAUAACACUGGUGAUUUCAAGCUGUUUAGUAGAUGCUUUUACAAAAUUAACCAACAUCGACUGCAAAGCGUUCGACAAACCUUUCGCCGAUUUCAAGAGUUGUCGCCUGCAUGUGCCGAAACGAGGAGAGAUCGCAUUAUCCUUGCAUGUCCGGCUCUUCCAGAUACCAGUUAAUAAUGUCAGUGUAAACCUUGCAUUUUUCAAGAAAGCCAGUGGUUAUCGCCCCUUUUUGUACAAUGUUAGCGUCGAUUUUUGUAGUUUUAUGGCGAACAAGAAACGUUUUCCUUUUCUAAAUAUUUUCCAUGGCGUUCUUAAGAAGGACUCUAACAUUAACCACACCUGCCCCUACAACCAUGACAUAAUCGUUAAAAAUCUAGUUUUGCGGGACGAAAUGUUCGGACGAUUGCCGGUGCCAGCGGGAGAGUAUUUGUUUAAGUUAAUGGUGGGCGCCUACAACGAAUGGAAAGCUGAUGUGAAGGCCUACUUCACCAUAAAACUCAAUAAAGAGGAGCGUUAAAGUGGCGUCCACUUAAUUCCGAUUUGAUAAAAUAGAUAAAUUGCUAUGUGACGAAGUAGUAAAUGAAGAAUGAUGGCUGAUCCAGAAGUAACAUUUGGAUUACUAGCUAGAUGCAGAGGACUGCAUAAAAAUAUAACUGCUGUAAUUCGAACCAAUAGAUUUGUAAAACGCCUUCUGACCGAUAAAAAUUUA